CAAUUCAUUGUUAUCGAGGUAUUGUAGAAAUACAGCUGAUUGAAAGGCGAAUAGAGUUUUGAAAAGCGCACAGAGAUUGAACACAGUCGAAUGGCGGACAGUGAAGAAGCAGUGAAACGUGGCCGUCGCCAGGGCAGAAAGAAGGCACAACCUAUGCCGGAACAGGCGGUAGUGUUGGUGGUCAAUGGCCGAGUGACCGGUGGGCCGAAGGGAACUGGCAAACAGAAGACUCGACCGGGCAAGAACGCGAAAGCCGACGCGGGCGACAAGCUGAAGUCCGAGGACGAAAAGAUGCUCCGCCAACUGGUCGACGACUUCCUGCAGAGCUGCGAGCCAGAGAAACAGCUCCCCGGACUUACAAAAGCCCAGCGCAGCCACGUUCACCGAUUGGCCCAGCAUCGCGGGCUUAAGACGGUGAGCAAGGGUCCAGAGGAGAACCGCGUCCUUUUUAUAAGUCGCCCACAGUCGGAUGGCCAACAGCAAUACAUUCUUUGCAACACAAAGCUGGACAUUUGUCCGCCGCUCCUAGACGUUCUGGGACAAAUGGCCGGCAAUGUGGAACGCAGAUUGAUGAACUCCGUUGGAGACUUAAAGUGCAACAAACAGCAAUAUAAGGAUAUACGGCUUCCUUCCAACUUCGGCCUGGUCGGGCAGAGGCUUAUUCCGCCGCCGCAGAGCAACCGGAACAGGAACAUUCAGCACGAGCGCCGGAGCCUGCCCAUCUACAAGCAGCGGGAGAGCAUCCUCAACGUUCUGCAGCGCGAUCAGGUUUUGAUCAUUAAAGGAGCCACCGGCUCUGGCAAGUCCACCCAACUUCCCCAGUACAUCCUUGAGUGGGCCGCAGAGCAUCGUGCUCCAGUCAGGAUCGUGGUAAGUCAGCCUCGCCGCAUAGCAGCUAUCAGUGUCUCGGAGCGCAUUUCCAAGGAGCGCGGUGAGGCGCCUGGCACCACAGUGGGCUAUAAUAUUCGCAUGAAUAGACAAUGCAGCAGCAACACGGUUCUAAUGCUGACCACCAGUGGUUGCCUUUUAAGGGCUCUCGCCAUGGAUAAGAAGUCUUUUUUUAAAAACACCACCCACUUAAUCAUUGAUGAAGCCCACGAGCGUGAUUUGGACACAGACUUCCUGCUGCUGGCCACCAAGCUGGAGCUGCAAAAGAAUCCGCACCUUCGCCUCGUGCUUAUGUCGGCCACCAUGGAUCUUGAAGCAUUGUCCAACUAUUUUGGUGGGGGCACUGUAAUGGAUGUGGAGGGGCGCAGCUUCGAGGUGUCGAUCUAUCAUCUAGAGGACAUUCUUAGUAAAACUGGGUACAUGCACCCGAGAAUGGAGAAGUUUUUGGGCAAGCCGACAGGCAAAGAAACUCCUAGCGAACUACUAGCCGCCUAUUAUGGAGGUAACACAAUCGUACAUCCGGAUAUCGACAAUGACUUGAUCGUUUCGCUAUUGGAAUUAUUACUGCGCCAAGGUGACGCUGGAGCGGUGAUUGUGUACCUGCCAGGCUAUAGCGAUAUGACCUCGCUACUGGCCCGCUUGGAAUCGUCUCUGCCGCGGGAACAGAUUACUAUCAUACUGCUUCAUAGCCAGGUGGACAACAGCGAGCAACGCAAGGUCUUCCGCACUUAUCCUGGCGUGCGUUUAAAGAUUAUUCUUAGUACCAACAUAGGACAAACUUCGAUCACCAUUCCGGAUCUACUCUAUGUCAUCGACACGGGCCUCGCCAAGAUGAAGACCUAUGACUCGACCAUAGAUGCAUCGCAGUUAACCCUCACGUGGAUCUCGCAGGCGGACGCCAAACAGCGUGCGGGAAGAGCUGGACGCGUGUGCCAUGGCAAUUGCUAUCGUCUGUAUGACAACGACCGCAUGGCCAGAAUGAAUCUGUACACCAUCCCAGAGAUCAUGAGGCGUACCUUGGACGAGAUAUGUCUGCUGACCAAGUUGGCAGCUCCAGACAAGAAAAUAGAAAAUUUUCUAGCUCUGGCUUUGGAUACCCCACCAAAGGAUGCCGUAAUGCAGUCCUGUUCUAGACUGAAGCUAUUGGGCGUGCUCGACGAACGGGACGAGGUCACGCCGCUGGGACAUAUCGUUGCCGAACUGCCCUUAGGCGUUCAAAUCGGCAAAUGCCUGGUGUACUCCAUUUACUUGCGCUGCCUGGACAGCAUGAUCAUAAUUGCGGCCUACCACUCGGUGAGGGAUCCCUUUGUUCUAAACAUAGAGCGCGGCAAGAAAUCAGGGCAGCAGAUAUCCAGAGUUCUUUUCGCUGGCGACGGAAUGAGUGAUUCGCUGGCGGUCAUUAAACUCUACGAGGAGUUCACCAACUUAAAGCGCAAGGACAUCGGCGAUUUUUGCGAGCGCAAUUUUAUUUGCCGUAACGCAAUGGAGAUGUUCGUCUCGGCGGCGAGUACUCUACGCGACACCGUGUACCGUAUCUUCCGCUUUAGCGAGGCCAGUGCUCGUUUGGCCUCGUCCUUCAACAAUGAUACGAAUAUGAUCCGCCUGGCCCUGACUGCAGGACUGUAUCCCAAGUUGGCGUACAUGGAUCGCGAGAACAAGAACCAGCUGGUGGCUGAAGGAGAUCCAUUAGUUCAGGUUUCGAGAAGCUCUUGCCUUCGGGGCAAAAAGAAGCAAAAGGAUUUGGCCAGCGAGUGGAUCCUGUUCGUUGAGAAGACCCGCACUGCUGACCAAAUUUCCUCGCUAGAGCAUACCACCUUGGUGAGCGGCUUGAUGGUGGCUCUGGCAGGCGGAAAACGGUUCAUAACCGAGGCGCAUGGGUCCGAAAUGCUGCUGUGCUUGGACUCCUGGAUCCGUUUGAAAUGCCCAGCUGAAUUUGGACUCCAGCUCCAUAAAGUGCGAAUGCUAACGGAUCGUGAAUUCGCCAAGUUGGUAGCGACGCGGAAGCUUAGUCUAAUGAGCGAUUUUAUAGGGCCGGAAACAGUUCGGCGGUUGUUGGAGGCGGAUGUGCCCUCGACUUGCCUGGCCGAGGGCAAAAGCCUUCUGGACAGAGACAACUGUGAUAACGACUUCUGAAUUCUACGCUUAAAAAAUAAUUUCAAAGCAUAUACUAAAGAACUGCUCACAGUAUUUGCGACCCGUAUAGACCUAUAGCUAAUUAGAGCUAGAGCUAAUUUCACACAAAGAGGCAAACGAAUUACCAAUUUCCAAAAUAUCGUUAUUCUAUAACACUAAAUCCACUGCACUUCUUACAUAUUAAGGUAUAUCUAAGGUAGCACACACGAUAUCUUAACUAUAUUCCUUACAUGUUGUGAUACAAGAAGGCGCAAAAGCCGCUUUCUUUAGCUGUUAAAUCCGAGAAUACUUAGAAUACUUAUUCGAAUAUUUAACGAGAUCUCUGCGCAUUAUUCCCUGAAAUGUGUCGGGCAAGAACUUAUGGUCCCUGCUUUGAUUUCCAUUUUUGAAUGUUUCUAUAUUGGUGAUUUAUGCUCAUUUUUGUAAAGUAUAGUCGCUAUAUACUCAGCCAACGGAAAAUUUAAUUUUUGUGUUUCAUAUCGAAGAGGUCAAAUAAAUCAUAAGUUUUUGGCGUCUUGUAUCUUCAAGAAAUCAAUAGAAACUGAGAAGACAAAUAAUAUAUGUAUUAUUUAUCCAUUAAUGUAACUAUCUUAAGCGCUCAGUCGCACUGUAGCCACAUUGGAAACACAGGGAAUUAAAAAUGUAAGCCAAAAAUAUGACUUUUGAGACUGCAAUUGCAGGCACUCCCUAAUUGCCGGGUGAAAAUAUGUGGGCCACAAGUGCCACAAGAUGCUAGGGAGAUCGUAACUCGGAGUCGAAGUCGGUGUCGGUGUCAGUGUCAGUGCCAGCGAGCCCAGUUGGUGGGCGUGGCUUUUCCCUGCGGUGCAUUGGGCCACGGCAGUCAUGGAGCUGACGUUUAUGCUCCACCUGCCCCACCUGCCUCACCUGCCUCCCACUGGCCAUUGAGGCGCAAACAAGAGCGGGCAAACGGAGAAAAAAAAAAAACACAGAGUUAAUUGCACAGACGACGCAGUCAAUAAACUUGAAGUCGAGCUUGUCGCUGGUGGAGCAACAAUAGUCACAGAGACACCGGAGCAACUGCAACAAAAGACAGCAGCUUACUCACAAAGAAAGUGAAAUUAAUUUGCUAUUUUUCGCUCGAUUGUGGCUCUUUGAGCGAAAAGCCUUUGAAAACCGAGAGAGAGCAUGGCCAAUCUUGACUGUCGGCCCUACAAAUUCGAUGUCUUUUGCUGCAUGUUAUAUACUCGUUUAUGUAUUACAUUUUGUCGCUUCCAAAGAAUGUAUAAAAAUAUUGCGAAAAGGAAACACACAGGUCUUGGAAAAUCAUUUGAAUAUAAAAUUUAUUAAUAUCUAAAGAAAUAUGAACUGAAGCAUGAAAUGUUUUUGCUU